UGGGUAAGGCGUAACCCAGCGACGCCUGACGAGACGAGACGAGACGACUAGUUUCUACUGCCUGUGCCUGUUCUUCUCAAUUGCGGCGCAUACCAGAAUUUUGUUCCCAUCUUUCUCUCUCUCUCUCUCUCUCUGGGUUUUUUCCUCUCCCUCCGUCCCGUCCCCUCCCGCCUUGUAAUUUUGCCUGCCUGCCUGCUUGCCCUUCUGCCUCUCGCUGAUGCGGUUUGAUUUGAUUUGAUUUCAUUUGAUUUGUCCUUCUUUUCCAAGUCUCACGGGGCUGCACUGCAACUGCAACUUCCGGAAGUUCUUAUUACUCCAGAGAUGAAAUCUCCGUUCGGGAAGCUCAAAAAGAUCGGCCUUAACAAGGGCGACCAUAAGGAAACUUUGGAUCACCCAAUUCCGCUGCAUAUUGAUGCCUUAACUCAAGCAGCAAAGGAUAUGAGAGACAUGAGAACCUGUUAUGAUAGCUUGCUAUCAGCUGCUGCUGCCACAGCAAACAGCGCAUAUGAGUUUUCAGAGUCUUUGUUGGAGAUGGGGAACUGUCUACUGGAAAAAACUAUCAUGCAUGAUGAUGGAGAAAGUGGUGGAACAUUAUCAAUGCUGGGAAGAGUGCAGCUUGAACUUCAGAAACUUGUUGAUAGCUAUCGAUCCCAAAUUGUCAUGACAAUUACGAACCCAUCAGAGUCGCUUCUUAGUGAACUACGAAAAGUGGAGGAGAUGAAAUUACAAUGUGAUGAAAAAAGAGAAACAUUUGAAUACAUGUCGGAACAAUUUAGAGAAAAAGGGAAGUCAAAACAUGGAAAAGGGGAGAGUUUCACCUCACAGAAAUUGCAGGUUGUUCGUGAAGAAUAUGAUGAGGUCGCAAGGCUCUGUAUUUUUCGUGUAGAAUCACUGAAGCAAGGGCAAAGCCGGAGCCUGUUAACACAGGCUGCUCGUCACCAUGCUGCACAGCAGCUAAACUUUUUCCGGAAAGGUCUUCAAUCUCUUGAAGCAGUUGAACCUCACAUUAAGAAUGUUGCAGAAAAGCAACAUAUUGAUUAUGAUCUUUGUGAACCAAAUGAAGGACAGGAAGGUGAUGAAGGGAAUAGUUUCAAGAGCAAUGAUGAUGGAGAAUUAAGUUUUGAUUAUAGACAAAAUAAGCUCGAGCCAGAUAAUACUUAUGCUAUGAGGAACUCAAUGGAGAUGGAUCCUCAAAUACUCAGUCAACAACGCCGAGCAGGUAGUCAUUCUGCUCCAAUCUUCGCAGAGAAGUUUGAUCCAGCUGACAGAAAUAGGGAAGUGCGAAGUGCUGUGCCUAAACUUAAUACGCAUGUCCUGCCCACUCCAGCUGAUGCAAAGAGUUCAAUGGCAAGUAGUUCAACACCCCUUGCAAAUACUGCAGUGCCGGUUGGGAGCUCAAAAAAUCUGUGGCACUCGUCGCCACUGGACAUUGGGAAGCAAAAAAAGUUGAUGGAUGACCAUUUAUUAUCCGCACGCAGCUCUUCAAAAUCUCAAACAGUGCUGGAAGAGAGCAACAAUGAUAAACACUUGUUCCCACUGCCACGUCCUCUUACUGAGGGAGCUCCUCUCCCACAGUAUGAUACACACAGUGGAUUUGAAUCUAAGAAAAUCAAGAGGCAAGCCUUUUCUGGUCCAUUAGUUAGCAAAUCAUUAUCGAGCAAGCAGUUGUUGCCUACUAGUGGACCCAUUAGCUCUUCUGAACCACCUCAGGCAGUUUCUGGAUUGCUUUCUCAUGCAUCUGGUCCUCCUCAGGCUCCUUCAGUUCUUAAUGUGCCUCACAGCGUUUCCCCUCCCCCUGUUUCUUCACCUAAAAUUAGUGAGCUUCAUGAGCUCCCAAGGCCACCUGAAUCAUUUAGUGCUAAACCUGUACGUGCUACCCUUGGACACUCUGCCCCUCUGGUCAACAGAAUCCAAGAGGUGUCUCCAACGAAGAGGAAUAAUGUUCUAAGACAAUCAAAAGAAGGGUCUCCACUCCCACUUCCACAGUUGACAGUCUCUCGAAGUUUUUCCAUACCCUCUAGAAGUCAGAGGGAAAUGGUUUCACAUUCAUCAGAGAAACUAUUGGAACCUUCUCAAGCUGUGCAGAAUAAUACAGAAGUUGCUUCCCCUCCGCUAACACCUCUUACCCUGUCAAACAUGAAGUCACCGAUAUCUGGACAGAUUAGAGUGGUUGCAGGUAGCAGCUGAAUGAAUACACUCGUGGAAUGAAUAUUUACAGCAUUCUUUCAGGAUUUGGUGGGAUCUCAGUUUCUUGCUGGUGGUAAAUGCCUCCCGUCUGUUCAUACUAUAUAUAUAUAUAUGUUUUAUGACAGUUUCCGUAUAUCUUUGUAUUUUCUUCAAAUGCGGCCUCUGGUUGAUGGUGAUGAUGAUGAUAUAUAUAAGCUUCUUGAAGUUCUAACAGAGAAAUUCAUGGAAAUUUUGAGGUUAUGAUAUUUGUUGUUGUAGGGUGGGAGAGAUAAUUGUAGAUGAUGGACUGGUUAUUUGUUUGGAUGAAAUAUGAUAUUAGCUUAGUUGUUUGUUGGAUGAAAUGUGGUAUUAGUAUUUGUUUUAGUUUCCGGGUGGCAUUAGGCGUAGUUUGAUCAGAUUGUAUUUAUGAAUUUUAGAGAUCACAUAUGCACGUUUGUGAGAGUGGAUUGGGUCAAUUAGGGCAAUGAUAAUUAAGAAAGAAAGUGGUGGCUGGUUGAUGCUACUGGAC